ACAGUUGCCAUUAGUAAAUACAAUCACAAUUGAAAUGCCUAUCAGCAAAUUUAAUUUUAUAAUGUCCGAAACUCAGCACAUAUAAAUUGAAUGAUCAUAGACUAGAAUUUAGUUUGAUUUGACGUUCGAGUUGGCUUUCAUUUCAAUUAAUUAUGUGUGCUACGACCAUCAAAAUAAUUCUCUUGUCAUUCAUUCUAUAUCAAGUUUCCGGUAAUCAACCUGAUAAAGAUAUUAAUGAUGAUAUUUGUAAAAAUUUAUGUAAAAGUUGUGGAGGUGUAGCAUCUUACGUUGAUGAUAAAUGCGAGUGUUAUAUUGAUAAUGAAAAUCAGAAGAACGCUGAAUGUGUGGGUCGCAUAAAGAGACAAGCUGAAGACCUUCAUCUAGACUUUGUUAACUGUAAGCCAGCAACGCUUGAACGUCUUCCUCCAUGUAAUAGUCGUCACAAUUAUGGACGCCUUAAAGCAAGUGACAUUGAUCUCAUAACUCAAUACUUUAUGAAUGGAGGUCCAUCGAAUGGUUUUCCGAUUAUCCGAUCUCGUUGUGACAAUUCUGGACAGCAAUUUCAGUCGACAACUCCAGUGGAACAAUUGCUAAACGACUUUACUAAUGAACCGUUAGAUUACUACGAUUUAUCAACAGUAUCAAAUCAAAUUGAAGAUCCAUAUUAUGAGCCAGAACAACCAAGAACUGUAAAACCUUGUACUCCAUUAUCCUAUGUCAAUCGUCCAACUUCGCCCACUGCACCUUUCUAUCCUUAUGUCUAUAAAUGCACUAAAUGUACUUAUCCAACACAACCAUCAUCUUCUUUACCAAUUCAUUCAUCCUAUGCAGCUGCUGCAGCUACAUCUUCCAUGUAUUAUCCAUAUAAUCAACUCUACAGUGAUCUUAUAAGAUCAAACUACUUACCUUCAUCUCAAACUCCUUGUAAUUCUUAUCAUCCUUCUAUUCCUUAUGUUCCUAAAAGUACUCCACCAUUACCUGUGAAAAAUAAACUUAUGGAUGCGAUUUAUAAAUCUAUAGCAGAGCAAAAUUAUCGAAAAUCUGUUACCAAUUCUCAAUCCUGGACGGAUAAAAUUAAUUCUGUGUAUCAUAAUUCUCUCCAUGGUGGAUCAUCAUCAUCUGUAAUCCCUCAAUUUCCAUACAAUUAUCUCCCUCCUGGAUCUUAUCCAAUUGAGUCUUCUAUACCUAUCGAUAUGAUACAACUUCAAACUUUUUUAGCCCAACAAAAUUCGUUUCUAGAAAACUUAAAUCAAUAUCUCCAAAGCUAUCAUGAAAAGUCAAGAUUUCAUAUGCAUCCUUCUUAUAUUGUUGGAGCAGUACAUAAUGAUAUGGGACACUCAACAACUACUGACAAUACUAAUAGCUGGAAUAUUGAGAGUUCUACCCCAGAAACGUACCGAACUGUAACGAAGACCAGUGAUGUGCAAAUUCAACAAGAAAAUGUGAGUGAAGCAGUAUCAAAUGCUGAAAUAAAAACAGUAAAUAUGGGAAAUUCAGGACUAAGCAAUGAAAGGUCGCAUACAAUGAUACCAAUUCGUCGUAUAAGAAAAGAAUCAGAGAUAGAAAAAUAAAAACUAAAUACUAUCAAAAAGAAAAAAAAUUUCACUUAAAUUAAACUUAUUGAUUAGUGAUAAAUUUUUUACGGUAAAUGAUAAAUUUUUUAGUAUGUGAGUAGUAACGUAUAUGAACAAGUAUUUAAAUA